AUUUUAUCCUUAUUGUUAUUAAAGAAUACCUUUUCGUUAAAAUGAAAUCACAUUUGGAACUAAAAGAAGAUAAUUUAAAUUAUUUAAUUUUAUAUUUGGCUUUAUUACAAUCAAAGGUCUUUUGGACAUGUUCAGUACUUUAUCAUGUUUUUAAGAAAUCAGAAUUUAUUAUACACAAAAGUCAACAGACAACAAUAAAGCGUAUUACAGACUGUCCACCUGUCAUCAAUAAAAAAAGAACAACGUCUGAUUCAAAUAUUAUUUCAAUAACAGAAAAGAAGACAUUUAAAGAAGAGAAAGAAGAAGAAAGUACUACUGAGCAAGAUAUGAGUUUAACAUUACCUAAUACUUCACCUAUUCGUCAUCGACCCACUAUUGAAGAUGAACGUAAUGGAACAACAUGUCCUCCUGUAUGGUGGCAAAAGACUCAAGUUAAACUUAGACGCACUCGUAUAUCCAAGUCAAACACUACUACUAGUACUAGUACUACUACUACUACUACUUUAUCAAAUUUGAAUAAAAAACAGAAUCAACGAGCUUCAACAUAUCCUUUGUUAACUGUAUUUUCUACUAAAUCAUCAUCAUCAUCAUCAUCAUCACCGUCGUCGUCGUCUAUUCAUACCUUUAACGAAGAGCAUAUACCAUUCUCGAAAUAUACAGCAACAAUUGAAAAUAUCUCAGAUCAUCAACAAAAGAAAAAUAUUAAAAAGCUUGUGACUAAACUUAAUAUUGCUUUACAUAAUAUUCCCCGUCAUCGAAAAACUAGUUUAUCUGAUUUGAAGAAAAAGAAGUCCCUCUUUUUUUAAAUAAUUGUAUAUAUAUUAAAUGUAAAUAUGUAAAACAAUGCCUCUUUUAAAAUUAUAUAUAAAAAAUUAAAAUAAAAUAAUAAUAAAUAAAUAUUUAUACCUUU